UCAAUAGCUCUGCAGCAAUUGCAUUGCAAAUAUUGCUAUGAACUACCGUAUCAUUUUGACGUUUGCAGUCACCGAGUGCAGACUGGUGCAUCUCUGAGGGGCUUUGGUGAUACAUCUCAGGAUUUCUGUGUCUUCUGUCUCUAACUGCUCACGAGCCAUCUCCACCAAUCACAAUUACAGAGAGACCGCUGUUGAGAUGGCUGAGGGUGGACAUCCCUCUGUGUAUGUGGUGGACAGCUAUGGCAAGCAGCCUGCAGUGCCCCUCCAGGUCAACCAGAGGCGACAGCGCUCCGAGGUGGCCCAGACCCUCAUGUUCCUGCUGGUGAGCGUGGCAUUGUGUGGCAUGGCCAUAGAAGCCUGCUUCAUCUACAAUCUCUACCGAGCUCAAUCUGAGAGCACAGCGUUGUUCUCAAAGCUCACUGAAGAUGAACAUGUUACCACAAGGCCCAGCAUUCUUCUUCCUUCCAAACCAGUUGCACAUCUGACAGAUGGACAGGAUGUAGUUCAUGGACAGCAAAUCAUGGGAUGGAGCAUGGAUGCAGAACCUCUCCUCUAUGAGAUGGACUACAAAGAUGGAAACAUUUUGAUUCAAAAGGAAGGUUUUUACUAUGUCUAUUCCAAGGUUUCUUUCUUAGACACCGAUGUGUUUUACCACUCUGUUGAUCUGAAAACUGAACUGUACAAAGGGAAAAGUAUUCCCCUUCUGAAUUCCAGAAAAUACUCAGUGGGGUCCAGCAAAGUGCGAUCCAAUAGUUACCUGGGUGGAGUGUUUCACCUCCAUAAAGGCGAUGCCAUUUUUGUGAAAGUUAGCAAUAGCUCCAAAAUUUUGCGAUACAAAUCCUUUGAGAAUAUAUUUGGCGCCUAUAUGAUAUAAAUAUAACAUUGAUGUUUCAGCAUGAAUCUGAAAAUUUAAGCGUAAAUGAAAAUGGAUUAAAAAUGUUAUAAAAUAUAUUGAUUCUUCUUUGUAAAAUAAAUAAACAAAAAGCAGGAAACCUGUUUUCACCUCAGGAACUUUUCAUAUUAUUUUAUAAGCUUCUGAAUGUUACAUGAAUUUCGGAAUGUCAAGUGAAUUUCCCCACUGUGUGAUCAAUAAAGUUCAUCUUAUCUUAUCUUAUCUUAUUAUGACUCAUAAAUGGAUUUGAAAAAGAAAAAGAUACACUCUUCAGUCUUACUUAUCUUUAUCCUGUUGCUGAGUAUAAACAAAAGGUAUCAUGCUUAACACAUUUCUGUAACUUAACGUGUUUCUUUUCAUUCUUUCUGUGACACAGCCUGUUGCACACUAUUUACUUGUUCCUCCAGUGGUAGAAUGAAUGAUAAAUUGUACUGUAUUUAUAUCUAACAAUAUAUAUAUAAACAUAACAACACAAUAAACAGAUAAUGAUUUAAAA